AUGGCAUCACAACGUAUCCCCUCCAUCCCUUUUCCCCUUCCAGCGGACGAGCCCCUGCUGGUGCGCGCCGCGCGCGGAGAGGCCAUUCCGCGCCCCCCCGCCUGGAUGAUGCGCCAAGCGGGCCGCUACAUGGCCGCGUACCAGAAGCUCUCCAAGAACCACCCCUCUUUCCGCGAACGUUCCGAGACGACGGAUCUAAUCGUCGAAAUCACCCUGCAGCCGUGGCGCGCGUUCAAGCCCGACGGCGUGAUCCUGUUCUCGGACAUUCUGACGCCGUUGGAUGCGAUGGGUAUUCCGUUCGAGAUCGACGAGAACAAGGGCCCCAUUAUAGACAGCCCCAUUAGGACGACGGAGGAUCUCAAGGCGUUGACGCCGGUUCAGCUGGACAAGCUGCACUUCGUUGAUGAGUCGCUGAGGCAGAUUCGGAAAGAGAUCGAGGGCACGGCCGCUCUCCUGGGCUUUGUGGGGGCGCCGUGGACGCUGGCGACGUACUGUGUGGAGGGCGGCACCACGCGCACGUACACCAAGAUCAAGGGCAUGAUCCACAGCGCGCCGGACGUGCUGCGCGCGAUCCUGCAGCACCUGGCCAAUGAGAUCGCAACAUAUGCCGCGUUCCAAGUGGACGCCGGCGCGCAGUGCAUCCAGGUCUUUGACUCGUGGGGCGGCCAGCUGCCGCCCGACCAGUGGGACGAAUGGGCCAAGCCGUACAUCAUCCAGGUUAUCUCCCAGCUGAAGGCGAAGCACCCCACGGUGCCAGUCGUGCUGUACGCCAAUGGCAGCGGGGGUCUCAUGGAGCGCAUGGCCACCACUGGGGCUGACGUCAUCGGUGUUGACUGGACCAUUGACAUGGCCGAUGCACGGGCGAGGAUCGAUGGUGCUCUGAGGGCGAGCCCUGGGGGGAGUGCGAAGCCGAGGCUGUCGGUGCAGGGCAACGUGGACCCUGCCGUGCUGUUUGCUUCCAAGGAUGCCGUUACUGACGCCAUCCACCGCUGUGUUGCCAAGGCGGGUCCGCGCGGCCACAUUCUCAACCUGGGCCACGGCGUGUUGGUGGGGACACCAGAGGAGAGCGUCUUGCACUUCUUUGAAACGACUCGUGCUCUCAAAUACGCUGAGGAGCCUGUUGUAGCAAAAGCUUAA